UUAGCUUCGCAGACGGCUUGGAUUUGUUCCUCAUGCUCCUGGGAUCCUUUGGCGCCGUGGGGAACGGGAUCGCAAUGCCACUCAUGACCAUCAUCUUUGGCCAACUGACAAACGCUUUCGGGGAAUCGGCAGGAAACACGAGCCAAGUUGUGGACACCGUGUCUCGGGUGGCGCUGCGUUUCCUUUACCUUGGCUGUGGAUCUGCUAUUGCGGCUCUCCUGGAGCUGUGCUGUUGGAUGUGCACGGGAGAGCGGCAAGCAGCUCGUAUCAGGAGCCUGUAUCUCAAGGCCAUUUUGCGGCAGGACAUCCCAUUCUUUGACACGGAGACCAACACAGGCGAGGUGAUGAGCCGGAUGUCUGGUGACACCAUCCUCAUCCAAGAGGCCAUGGGGGAAAAGGUUGGGAAGUUCAUCCAGCUUAGCACAACCUUCUUGGGUGGCUUCGUCAUUGCAUUUGUCAAGGGCUGGCGCUUGGCACUCGUCCUGCUCUCGGUCAUCCCUUUGCUCGUCGCCACUGGCGGUGCAAUGGCCAUUCUCACGUCCAGAAUGGCAACUAGAGGACAGAUGGCGUAUGCCGAGGCAGGAACUCUCGUGGAGCAGAUUGUCGGUGGCAUCAAAACUGUUGCGUCUUUUGGUGGCGAAAAGCAGGCUGUGGACAAGUACGACAAGGCGCUUGACAAGGCGUACCGAGCUGGAGUCCGGCAGAGUGUUGUUGCCGGAGCCGGGCUGGGAGCUCUCCUGUGUGUGGUGUUCGGCAGCUAUGCAUUUGCACUGUGGUAUGGAUCAAAGCUGAUACUGCAUCGAGGCUACACGGGUGGUGACGUCCUCAAUGUCAUCUUCGCAGUACUCAUGGGCGGAUCGUCCCUGGGCCAGGCUUCACCUUGUAUCAGCGCGUUUGCUGCGGGAAGGGCAGCGGCAUGCAAGAUGUUUGAAGCCAUCCACAGGAAGCCUAGUAUCGAUGCGUCGGACAUGGGUGGCCUAACGCCCGACCGGGUGGUUGGUGACAUUGAGCUCCGCAGCGUGAGCUUCAGAUAUCCCGCGCGCCCGGAGGUAGCCGUCUUUGACAAUUUCUCUCUGGCCAUACCAUCCGGCAUAACCGCUGCUUUGGUGGGGGAGAGCGGUAGCGGCAAGUCUACUGUUGUCAGCUUAAUCGAGAGGUUCUAUGAUCCACAGGCUGGGGCGGUCCUUUUAGACGGCAUUGACGUACGCCGUCUGCAAGUCAAAUGGCUGCGAGAACAAAUUGGCCUCGUAAGCCAGGAGCCGGUACUCUUUGGUGCCUCUAUCAAGGACAAUAUAUCCUAUGGGAAAGAUGGCGCCACUGACGAGGAAAUCAAGCGCGCUGCCGCUCUUGCAAACGCUUCCAAGUUCAUAGACAAGAUGCCUCAGGGUUACAGCACGCACGUUGGAGAUCAUGGAACACAGCUUUCGGGAGGUCAGAAGCAGAGGAUCGCAAUCGCCAGAGCUAUCCUCAAGAACCCUCGCAUUCUUCUCCUUGACGAAGCUACCAGUGCUCUGGAUGCCGAGUCGGAGAGGGUUGUCCAGGAUGCUCUGGACGGGAUCAUGGUGCACCGGACAACUGUCAUCGUAGCCCAUAGAUUGUCUACCAUCAAGAACGCAAACUGCAUCGCUGUGGUUCAGCGAGGAAACGUGGUUGAGAAAGGCACACACUCGGAGCUGCUACAGAAACCGGAUGGCGCCUACUCCCAGCUGGUGCGCCUGCAAGAGCAACAUGACGAGAGAUCCAAGCACAGCCUGGCCAAAGUGGACCCAGACGAGGUCGUCGAGCAGAGCGUCCCUCAAAGAUCUCUAAGCAGGGCUAGCAGCAGUCGCGGCUCGUUUGGGAGCAGACUUCUGAGAAGCUUUAGUGCUGCUGCAAGGUCGGCCAUCGAGGAGAAUGCCAAUAACAAUGCCAACAAUAAGAGCGAGGAAGAGAAACCACAAUUGACGCAGGCAUUUCUUCGUCUCGCAGCCUUGAACAAGCCCGAGGCACCGCUGGCCGUUGCCGGUGGGCUAGCCGCCGCUGGACACGGUGUGCUAUUUCCACUCUUUGGGCUGCUUCUGUCCAACAUGAUCGGGACGUUUUUCGAGACGAGCAGGCACAAGCUACGAAAGGAUGUGGAUUUCUGGUCGGCCAUUUUCACGGCUCUGGCAGCGGCAUGUUUGAUUGUUGUUCCGGCACAGAUCGCGUCUUUCGGGUUAAUUGGCCAGCGCUUGAUUCGACGCAUCAGGAGGCAGUCGUUUGGUGCGGUUGUUCGCCAGGAUAUCGGCUGGUUCGACGAUCCCAGCAACUCCAGUGGAGCUAUCAGUGCUCGUUUAUCAACCGACGCAGCUUACGUCCGUAGCCUGGUCGGAGACUCCAUGUCGUUGGCUGUUCAGAAUGUUGCAACCAUUGUUACCGGGUUGAUAAUCGCCUUCGCUGCAAACUGGACGCUGGCUCUGCUAAUCCUUGCAUUGGUCCCUCUACUUGCCCUUCAGGGCGCAACACAGACGAAGAUGAUGACUGGUUUCAGCAAGAACGCAAAGGAAACAUAUCAAGAUGCAACCAAAGUUGCAAACGAUGCUGUUAGUAGCAUCCGCACAGUGGCGUCGUAUUGCAUGGAGCAAAAGAUGGUCAGGCUUUACAUGCAAAAGUGUGAAGUUACGUCCAAGAGUGGGAUACGGAACGGGAUGGUGAGUGGAGCUGCGCUUGGUUUUUCAAACUUCGUACUCUAUGGCUCGUAUGCACUCAGUUUCUGGUACGGAGCUCGUCUAGUGGAGGAAGGAAAGACGACGUUUCAGAAAGUUUUCCGGGUGUUUUUUGCUAUCACAAUGAGUGCUUUGGGAGUUUCUCAGGCCGUGACAUUGGCUCCUGAUCUGGUCAAAGUGAAGGCCUCGGUCAGAUCAAUUUUUGCAACCCUUGACAGGAAGUCUAAGAUUGAUCCCUUCAACGCCGAAGGCAAGGCGCUGGAAGGAAUGAAGGGCGACAUCGAGUUCCGGCAUGUGAGCUUCAGAUACCCGUCACGUCCUGAUGCGCAAGUGUUUCGUGACAUGUGCUUCUCACUGGAAGCUGGAAAGACAAUGGCCCUGGUAGGGGAAAGUGGGAGCGGGAAGUCAACUGUCAUCGCUCUCUUGGAAAGAUUCUACGAUCCUGAUAGCGGCGAGAUACUCAUCGACGGGAUCAACAUCAAAACGAUGAGCCUGAGGUGGCUACGCCAACACAUUGGACUGGUGAGCCAAGAACCAAUUCUGUUCAGCGGCACCAUACGGUCCAACAUUGCGUAUGCAAGAGAGGGGAGGGUGGCGGAGGAGGAAAUCGAGGCCGCAGCAACGACCGCAAACGCUCACAAGUUCAUCUCGGCCUUACCCGACGGCUACAACACUCAGGUUGGCGACCGCGGCAUGCAGUUGUCUGGGGGACAGAAGCAGCGAGUUGCCAUCGCCAGAGCCGUGGCCAAGGAGCCCAGGAUUCUGCUGCUGGACGAGGCAACCAGUGCCUUGGAUGCGGAAUCUGAGAGCGUUGUCCAGGAGGCAUUGGACAGGAUCAUGGUUGGCAAGACAACGCUAAUUGUUGCGCACCGGCUGUCAACAAUUGUUGGCGUGGACGUGAUCGCCGUUGUGAACAACGGGGUGAUUGUGGAGCGAGGGAGCCAUUCCCAGCUCAUGAGCAAGCCGAAUGGAGCUUAUGCCUCGCUGGUGAAGCUGCAUCUAUCAUCGCCGGCCAAGUAGCUCCUCCUUUAUGUACAAAAAUCUAUCAGACAAGCAUCGCCUUGGAGCUGGAACUGCUGCCAAAGCUCCUGUUGAGCUUA